AUGGAGACACUCUCUUGGAAGCAGUACGACGCCAAACACAAUCUCUCCGCAAUCCUCACAGCGGCGGCACGGUCUUGCGUUGAGGUGCGGGCAUUGCGGCCGGCGGAGUUCCUCGCGGCGUACUUCACAAAGAAAUGCACAGGAGAUGAGAUACGCAGUAUUCACGUGCAUGCACUGUAUCUCCCAAAUGGGUCUGAGGGACUGCAGAUCACAUUACAUUUAUUAAAUGGAAUGGAAUCACAAUCCACUGCAUCUUUGGUGUUUUCAUCCUCUAAAGCGGGUGAGGGCAGUGCAGGGGCGAAUACAGAGGCUGUAGGUGAUGUCGCUAACUUUACUUCAGAUACAAUAAAUGCAUUAAAUCAAAAUUAUAUUCCACUCUUGAUUCAAUGCGGGGCAUGUGAGCAAACAAAGUAUGAUCAAAUAUUACGUGAAAAUAGCACGGCUGCAGGAGCUAUAUAUAUAGGGAAAAGUGUUGUAUAUGCGUUAAGUAUGGCAGCCGCAUCUGCAGCUGCACGUUGUUUGUCACGUCCACUUUAUCAGUAUCUGGAAAAGUCAAUGGAUCCAGAUAGUGAAGUAGAGAUAUUUGCGAUGCCGCAACUGUGUAUUAGUUUCUUUGGUCCUGAAAAUCCUUCAACGGCUCGUGUGGCGGUGAAAGAUGUCCUUCUCAUCCCAGUAAUGCCUGAAGGUUCUAUUAGACGAGAUAUCAUUCAAAAAAUAUUUGCCGCUUUUCGUCACUUUAGUAAAGCCCAUAAUACUCCUACAAGGCGUUAUGAUGGCUCUAUUGCGUUUGAUGGUUUUGAAAGUUUGAUAGACGCUGUGAAUUUGGCGGAAGAGGCCGUACGUGCGGUGGGACUGACACCUGUUAAAGAUAUCUGCGUCGGUCUGCGUAUGGGAGCAGCAGUAGUACCACCACCACCACUACCAACAACAACAACAACAACAACUGGUGGAAAGGAAAGUAAAGAGGCAGCGGCAGCAGCAGCAGCAGCGGCAGCGGCAGCAGGAAAAGAAAACAAAGAAACAACAGAUGUAAUGUACGCGCUCUUCCCAGGUGAUGUGGAUGUGACGGGAACUCAACUUUCAGAAUAUGUGCGAGAACAAUUACAACAACGCACAGAUUUUGUAGUAUAUGUAGAAGACACACAUUGUGAUAAAGAUAGUGCGGGACUUCGUCGUUUACAAGCAAUCCUUGGUGGAUCACUUACGGUCUCUGGUAGAGAUCUGUUUGCCCAAAGUCAAUAUCAAAAAAUAGAUCAAGGACUUCGUGAAUUGUGGACAUCAAAUAUAGUUUUAAGUCCUAGUGAUGUGGGUACCUUAUCGGAGUUAUAUGAUAUUGUACGCACGGUAAGGAACUUUGAGGGACGUGGUAUAAGUUUUGCAACCCAAGAUUUAGUUGGGAAUGCGGCAUUGCUUGGACAUCUCUCCAUUGGUUUGGGGGCGAGGUUUAUUAUUAUGGGUGGAUUGCUGAGUUUCUCACAGUGUGAAGUACUCUCGCAUGUGAUGAACAUUCAAGAUGAGUUAUUGCACUCCAAGACAUUACGACUAGAGGCACCGAAGCUUUCUAGUAUGGAGCUCCCAGAGGUUCCAACAGACCCGGUGCCGGAGAUUAAACGGCGAAUGGAGAAGAAGAAGCGAAGAAAAUAA